UUGCAAUUGAGCUUUGGUUUUGCGUCGUGGUACUCAAUGUUAGAACUCAGUGACUUCUUCAAUAUAAAUGUACACAACUCUUUCGUAAAAAAUUCUACUUUGCCUUUUCCUUACAUUGUAACGUUAACUCCUCAUGCUGACAGAUGCGUAUGAUUUCCUCUUUAAACUGCUGUUAGUCGGCGACUCCGGAACUGGAAAAUCAUGCUUGUUAUAUCACUUUUUGGAGAAUCAAUUCAAAAAGAACUCGAUGAACACCAUAGGGAUAGAGUUCGGAACUCGCAUCAUUCAAAUAGCAGAUAAAAGUAUAAAGUUGCAAAUAUGGGAUACAGCAGGACAGGAACGGUUUAGAUCCUUAACAAAAAGUUACUUCCGUGGGACAGCAGGAGCAUUGGUUGUAUAUGAUAUAAGCAAUCGGGAUACUUUUUUAGGUGUUAGGUCAUGGUUAAACGAUGUAAGAACAUUAGCAAACCCAGAACUGGUGAUCAUAUUAGUCGGUAAUAAAUCAGACAAGUCAGAUGAAAGAGAAGUAUCCUAUCUGGAAGCGAGUCGUUUCGCACAGGAACAUGAAAUAAUGUUCUUGGAAGCUAGCGCCCUAUCAGGAGAUAGCGUUGAAGAAAUGUUUUUCAAAUGCGCUAGAUCUAUUUGGAGCAAGAUACAGACAGGGCAAAUUGACCCUGAGCGAAGUGGAACGGGCGUUCAGUUUGGCGAUUCAAGCCUUAGACGAAUGACACAACGAACAAGAAUGAGGAAGAAAGAGAAAUCAUGCUGCUUUUAAUAAGGAGACUCAAAAUGAUUAAUUAUAGUGACAUACAAUGCAAACACGCGAAUAAACAGGCAGGUAAUUUAAUCAAAGGACUUG